GGUUCAGCCAUUUUGUUGAUGAGGUUUAGAUCGCUAUGAAUGCAGUGAUUGUAUAGACGUUUGGACGCAAACAUCAAGACGUCUGUCGAGCAUAACAUCACCGGUCAUCACAUCUGUGGCAGACCUGACCAUCACAUCCACCACUAAUACACCAACCAUUGUCUGUCUCUAAACAACUGCAGACAUGUCUGAAACCGCAGAGACUAAUGGUAAGGAACCGCAACCGCCCAAGAAGGUCGUCGCGCAACGCAUUCAGGGAACUGUCAAAUGGUUUAACGUGAAGAAUGGCUACGGAUUUAUAUCCCGUAACGAUCGCGACGGCGAAGAUGUGUUCGUCCAUCAGUCGGCGAUAGUGAAGAACAAUCCCUCAAAAAUGGUGAGAAGUGUCGGCGACGGAGAACUCGUCGAAUUCGACAUCGUUGAGGGCGAGAAGGGCAACGAAGCGGCGAACGUGACCGGACCCGGAGGUGUUCCCGUCAAGGGCUCGCCCUUUGCCGCCGAACGACGUUUCUAUCAGCGCGGAGGCGGAGGGAGAGGCGGAAGGGGAGGCUUUCGCGGCGGAAGGGGUGGCUUCCGUAGAGGACCGCCACGCGAUCGACGCGAAGAAGGCUUUGAGGGUCAGCAGCCUUUUGAUGGCGAACAGCGCUUCGGUGGUGAGCGUAGACAAGGCAGUGGUCGCGGAGGCGGCGGCGCUAGUCGUGGCGGCGGUAGACCUAUGUAUAGGCGAUACUUCCGACGCCCGCCGAGAGAUCACUUGCCAACAGAUGAGGGACAGGAGGGCGAAGAAGUAGACCGACAGCAAAGCUUUGAUGGAAAUAAUUACGAUCGCGACCAACGCCAGCGCCGCGGGGGUGGAGGACAGCGGAGAUUCCACCGCAGAUUUUUCCGCCGCCGUCCCCAUAGACCGCGUUCUGAUACUGAGGGCAGUCAGUCCGGCGUUGAUGGAGAGGCCUCUGGUACUGAAGGAAGGGCUCACAAGUCGGACGACAACGCGGAUGACGGACAGGGGGGUCAACGCCGUCGUCGCACGGGAACCGGAUUUAGACCGCGUCGGCGUCAAUACGGACAGACGGGAACUCGAGGCCCGCGUCGCUCAUCUCGUGGCGGCCGUAAGUCAGAGGGAGACACCGGUCCGGGCGGUGACGAACAGGACAUCGAUAAAGAGUCGUCCGAUAGUAAACCAAAAGGACAGUCAAACGAGUCUAACAUCAAGACUGAGAAUUGAAGCAACAAUUCGUUUGCAGUCCUCUUAAUAAUGUUAACAACACUUACAGAAUAGAAACACGAAAACCCUUUUCAAUCAAUUUUGCGAAACAGUUAUAACAAUUCAAUUAUAAGCAAACAAUAAUACAAUUUAUCAUAAUAUCGAGUUUUAAAGAUUCAAACACUUAUUACUUGUAGUGAUUAAUACCAUAUUAUAUCUAUUGUAAGACUAAACCAGAAGUCUAUCUAUAUUAACAAAAAACAACACAUAUUUUACACCAGAAUUUUUUGUCGCAACAAAUUCAAUACCAAACAUCUCUUUCUAACGUUAAAAGUAUUUGAAUUUAACAUAAAAACACUUAAUAUCCACUGUUUUUUGUGAGAAUAUAUAUCAUAUAUAUUGAUAUCAAACACAUUGUAUAACUUAUUUGAAAACAAAAUCUGAACAUAUUUUAAAAACUAAAUCAAUCGGAAAUAAUUGAAAUUUUGAGAACAUUUUUUAGAUAUUGUGUAAUUGAAAUCGAAAACCACUUCUACUCUAAUUAUUUAUAAUAUAAAUUGGAAAACAAUUAUAAUAAAAACUUUAAAAUUGAAGAGUUUGUUAAAACCCGCUGAAUAUGAAUUAUUUAUUUGUAAAACAAUUUUCUAUUUUAAUUUAAAUUAAAAACUGCUUUCAAAACAA